CUAUCCAUUCCUAGCUCCCUCGAUAUAUCUCGCCAUCUGAUUCUACAUAGUACCUAGUCAAUAACACUCCUUAAUUUGCUCUUUUUUUCAUUUUCCUAAGCUAAAUAGUAUUCUUCUAGUGAGCUAUGGCUUUACAUGAUUCCGACGAUUCGAGGGUUUCUCUCGACUCUUAUGACACGGCGCUGUGUAUCAUCCCACCAAAACACCUUUGGGCACCUGUAGACCAUUUGAGAUCGGUCUACGACCCAGCAUACAAGACAUGGCCGCCACAUAUCAACCUUGUCUAUCCUUUCGUCCCAGUGCAUUCCCUCCAGGAAGUUUCGGAUUUAAUCGUUCACCGGUUACAGAAGGCAAGGUCUUGUUCACCGCAUGUGAGCUUCAACCCAUCAAUGCAGCUACAAACAUUAGGCACAUUCACCCACAAGAAGAAGGACCAUGCAAUCUUUUUCAGAUGCGACGGAAAUCAACAGCGUACGCGCGAGCUCUUACGCCUGAGGGACUUUAUUCUAGACACUCUGCAAUUGAACCAAGAUAUACGGGGCCCCUUGCAUAUGACAGUUGGGCACAGCUACGAAGCAAACGAUCAUAAGAACAAGGACACCGUCAAAAAGUUCAACCUUUUACCUCCGAUUGAAUGGACAAUUGACAAACUUUACAUCCUAAUACGGGUUAAGGAUAAAGCACGUAUCAAUGCCGGUCUCUCUAGCCAGAUGAGAAUUUGGGGGGAGAUUGACCUUUCGACCUUAACACUGUUGACGGUGAAGAAUCCAAUCAGCUUUUACGAGGAUGAGGCCGAGGAAGAAGACGAGACGAGUGAUCAUGCUGCAGAUGGCAGACCUACUAUUGACUCAAGCGUUCCAUUAACUCGUCUUCCAUAUACUUUCUCCCACGACAACUCCAAAUGGAUCCAAUUAGGGGUCAAUUUCACUCCUCGCCAGGCGGAGACAGCCCCGGAAUCUUUAGCCGUCGCAAGUUACAACAUACACACGGAAAUUGGUGACCCCCCAACACGGGAUCGAUAUUCCAUUAUCUUCGAGAACCUCUUAGAGAAGGAGGCGCUAGCGGACGUAUUAGUUCUUGAAGAAGUCACGGAUGAUUUCCUCUCACAACUUUGCAAGGAUAGAAACAUUCGAGAAAACUAUCUCUUUUUUUCGAGCGGUCCUCCUGAUCAAGACGACGUUGAGCCAUUACCAGCCCAUACUAAUGUCGUGGUGCUGAAUAAAUGGCCAUUUUCUUGGGAUGCUAUAUCACUUCCAAGCGGUCAGAGCGGUUCAGUUAUUGUCCAAUUCAGUACUAUCGGAAAGCAAUAUGAUGGAAUCUUCCUGCCAGUCGUUCUAUCCGCCGUCCACCUUACCUCUGGCCUAACAAACUAUUCCAUUGAGGAGAAAAAACAUGAACUGGCAUCUGUCCUCAGUCAUAUAUCCAAAGAACAUCGUUGGAAUCCUUGGAUACUAGCUGGAGAUUUCAAUAUCCCUACUAGUACAUACGCUAUCGAAACAGCGGUCAGGAGGGAAAACAUCUCUCCACAUAGCCAGAGUAUCUUAUUUGAACUUGAAGCGAUGCUCAUAGAUGCAGGCCUAGUGGAUACGUAUAUUUCUUCACGUGUUCAACGUGGCCAUCCACCAAAUAUAAACCGAAAGCAGCAUGAUAUCAACGCUUUAGGGGGUGAAGAGGGCGCUACUGUCGACCCGACAGUGAAUGAUCUCGCUGCAAAUAGCGCUCCCGAUGAUCUUCAAAAGAGACCUCAGCGCUAUGACAGAAUCCUGGUCAGAGGUAUGGAUUUUGCAGUGACGGGCUUCAACAUGUUUGGCCAGAGCAAGGGGAGUCUGCAGGCUAGUCCUGGAGCUGAUACUAACAGUGAUGGCUUCAAUGAUGACUCCAAGGGACAACUUUCAUAUGGUAGCGAUCACUGGGGAAUCCGAUGUUCGUUAAGUUGUUAUACGGAUGUGUUGGGUCAAGUACCUGAAGUCGGAAGGGCUCUUCUGCCAGUGGAAACGGACCCAACCUGGCCCAUAGAGGAUACAUCUGGACUGGCAGCUUGUCUUUCCGACCAACCGGAGUUCCCUUCCGAAAUUGACACUGCAAUGAGGGAGACUGCUCUGAACUUACUUAAGGAGGUUAUAAUGCAAGACGAACCUAGUCACACUCGUGGCCUUCCGGCUUUUGUGAUAGUGCCCAUUGGGUCAUACGGACUCGGGGUGUGGACUACAGCCUCAGAUAUUAACUGUCUCUGUAUCGGACCUACCAGUUCAAAUAUUUUCUUUACCCUGGCUAUCCAACGGCUUCGCAAGGCUGCGCCGAGGGGUAUCAAGAUUCUCCGACGCAUAGAAGUUCAUUCUGGUACAUUGCUCGAGUUAGAGGUAGGGCAUAUCAAGAUGGAUUUGCAGUACUGCUCAGCAACUACCAUCGCCGAGACAUGGCCACGCGCGUUGUCAGUGCCUCCAACCGACACCAUCUUCAAAUUGCCGCCCAAGGUCCUUGCGAAAUUGAAACCGCUGCGUGAUCUUUGUCAUCUCCAGCGAACAAUUCCGGAUCUAGCCGUCUUCAAGUUGGCGCACCGGUUUAUCAAGUGCUGGGCGAAGCGACGUGGGAUUUACGCCGCCAAAUUUGGAUAUCUCGGCGGCAUUCAGAUAUCAGUAUUGCUGUCACGCAUCUACAAGCUAAUAUCGUGUCACGGUAGAGCCAUAUCUGCCCCAACGCUCUUGACGACCUUCUUUACCCACUACGCGGACUUCAACUGGGCGGAACACACGGCUUAUGACACGUUCUCCCACAAGACAUUAAGAUAUAGGCGAACCGCACAAGAAUCAAUGUCGAUCCUAGGUUUCUAUGGCCCCCAUCUGAACACGGCACAGGCCGCAUCUGGCCCUACUGUCUAUGUCAUUUCUCAAGAGUUCAAGAGAGCCCAAGAGCUGUUGUCACAUUUUAUGACUACGUGGCCGGAUUUCCUGGGCGAGGACAUAGGCGUGGUGGAAUUUUUGAUAACGUAUAAGAUAUUUAUUAAGAUCACUGCUCAGUUCUGGAGCGUGUCUUUAGCGAAGGGCAAUAGCUUUGUGGAAUGGCUGGGAUCAAAAUGUGUCUCUCUCCUAGCAGAUCUCAGCAAGCAAGUACCGCAAGUGAACCCGAGAAUCUGGCCAGCACGUUUUAUAAAUCAGGGCGCUUCCGAAGAGGAUACGGACUACGAAGGGCAUUAUCUCGUCGGCUUAGAAAUGAAGAACCCCGAAAGCAAAUCGAUGAACGAAGAAGAUAGGAUAGCUGAUAGGAUGGUUGCUUUGGAGCGCAUACGAGCGGCGUUGGAUAAAUUUCAAAGUCAGGUCGUGAGCGACCCUAAGUAUUUCAAUCCCAAGUCAUGCUGGGUGGGUACAGAAAUAGUACCUAGAUCCGAGGUUAGGGAACUGCGGCUCGACAAUCGAGACUGGACAAGGUAUACAGUUGAAGCUGAGGAUGACGAUAUUGGGGAUUCGGAAUUCUGGGCAUCCAUGGAAGCAGAAGAGCCGGAUGAGCCGCGAACGAAGAAAGACUCGACAGUCAAAUUACCGAGCAGGCCAGCAUAUGAAGGAAAAUUUCGGUCGGCUGGUGAUGUCCUCAACAGAAUACGGUGGGACCAAGGCAUGGAUAGCAGCGAUUAUAUAAUCGGCUAUGAAGACCGCUUCUCGGGAGUGAUGGAGAGGCCAGUCGAUUCGUGGAAGUCGGAGACAACCCAUGAGGAAUUCAUACCGGAGCAUCGCGUCCUGUUUUUCAAGCGGAAGAGCGACGGGACAAUCGUUUGGGACAAGAAGGAGAGGCGGGACGAGAUUUUUGGUAGUGGGGUUACAAGCCUUAGGCACAAACCCAAGGGUUGAUCCUACUUAGGUAACCAUCGUAUGUUUAGUCCUUACCUGGUUUUAGAUACCCAGCGUUCGAUGAUGUAAGUAUCACUAUUU